UCUCUCCACGGUUCUGGGAAGGAGGUGGGGUCUGGUGAAUUUAGGGCGGGGCAGGAAAUCUAUUUAAGCCCCUCCUCUCACCUGAUUCCCACCUGGUGGCUAAGUCCCGCCCCCCCCCCACCUGUCUAUAACUAACCUCACCCCCUCUAUAAAUUCCUCCAGCCUCCCCUUUCCCCCUUUCCUGUGCCCUGGGGGGGAGCCUGACCCACUGCGGUAGCUUGUCUCUGGGUGACCGGGCCCCCCUGCCAUGUCCACCGAGAGCUCCCCCCUCCUGAGUUACCGGCUCUUCAGUGUGGUGGAUGAGGGGGAGAUGCCGGGGACCCAGGAAGAGGCCCCCCUGGUGGGGGGGGACAUGGGAGGCGCCGCGGGCCCCCCGCACCCCGAUCCGGCUCGGCGGCUCUCCACCUUCUUCGGCGUCGUGGUGCCCACCGUCCUGUCGAUGUUUAGCAUCGUCGUCUUCAUGCGUGUGGGGUUCGUGGUGGGGCACGCCGGGUUCCUGCAGUCGCUGCUCAUGCUGGUGGUGGCGUAUGUCAUCAUCCUGCUGACCGUCCUGUCCGUCUGCGCCAUCUGCACCAACGGCGCCAUCCAGGGGGGCGGGGCCUACUUCAUGAUCUCGCGGACGCUGGGCCCCGAGUUCGGGGGCAGCAUCGGCCUCAUGUUCUACUUGGCCAAUGUUUGCGCCUGCGGGGUCUACAUCCUGGGGCUGGUGGAGGCCGUGCUGGACGUCUUCGGGGCAGAGGGAACGGACCCCCCCGGCGCCCGCGCCCUGCCCCAGGGGUAUUUCUACAGCUUCCUCUACGGGUCGGUGGUGCUGCUGCUCUGCCUGCUGGUCUGCCUGGUGGGGGCCCGGAUCUACGCCCGGGCCGCCUUCCUCAUCUUCCUGGUGGUCAACCUGGUGCUGGUGGCCAUUUUCGUCAGCUUCGUGGCCGUGGGGCCCCGCCAGGUCCCCGUCGCCCGGGACGCCAACCACACCUUCAACGCCAGCUUCACCGGCUUCCGCCUGGCCACCCUGCGUGCCAACCUGCCGGCCAUGUACUCCCGUGAUUACACCACCAACAACGUCAUGACGUUCGCCACCGUCUUCGCCGUCAUGUUCAACGGCUGCACCGGGAUCAUGGCCGGCUCCAACAUGUCGGGGGAGCUGAGGAACGCCAGCAGCUCCAUCCCCAAGGGCACCAUCAUCGCUGUGGUUUACACCUUCAUCAUCUACUUCCUCCUGUUCCUCAUGACCAGCUUCACCUGUGAGAGGACACUGCUGAAGGAAGACUACGGCUUCUUCCGUUCCAUCAACCUGUGGCCGCCCCUGGUGCUGGUCGGGGUUUACGCCGCCUCCCUCUCGGCCUCCAUGAGCUCCCUCAUCGGGGCCUCCCGCAUCCUGCACGCGCUGGCCAAGGACGACCUGUUCGGCAUCGUCCUGGCUCCGGCCAAAAUCGUCUCCAAAGGGGGUAACCCCUGGGUGGCCGUUCUGUACACCUGGGCCCUGGUGCAGCUGGUGCUGUUCGCGGGGAAGCUGAACACCAUCGCCGGGAUCGUCACUGUCUUUUACUUGGUGGCCUACGCGGCCGUGGACCUGGCCUGCCUGGCGUUGGAGUGGGCGUCCGCCCCCAAUUUCCGCCCCACCUUCCAGCUCUUCAGCUGGCACACCUGCCUGCUGGGCAUCGCCAGCUGCCUGCUCAUGAUGUUCCUCAUCAGCCCGGCGGGCGCCUCGGGCAGCCUGGUGCUGAUGCUGGCGCUGCUGGGCUUCAUCCACCUGCGGGCGCCCGCCAGCUCCUGGGGCUACAUCAGCCAGGCCCUCAUCUUCCACCAGGUGCGGAAGUACCUGCUGCUCCUGGACGUGCGCAAGGAGCACGUCAAGUUCUGGCGCCCCCAGAUGCUGCUGAUGGUGGCGAACCCCCGGAGCGGGGCCCAGCUCGUCCGCUUCGUCAACGACCUCAAGAAGGGGGGGCUCUUCGUGCUGGGCCACGUGGAGAUCGGCGAGCUGGACACGAUGCCCUCCGACCCCAUCCAAGCUCACUACAAUUUCUGGCUCAGCCUGGUGGAUAAACUCAACGUGAAGGCGUUCGUGGAUCUGACCCUCUCGCCUUCAGUCCGGCAGGGGACCCAGCACCUGCUGCGCAUCACGGGGCUCGGCGGCAUGAAGCCCAACACGCUGGUGCUGGGUUUCUACGACGCCUGCGUCCCCGACGACUACUUCCUCGGCGACCCGGCCUUCAGCCAGGCCCGGGAGAACGACCACUUCGGGGUGGACCUGCCGGCCCUGCAGGCCCACUUCCCCCCGGUGCGCGGGGCCGGCGCCCCCAAAGCCCUGCCCCCCGCCGAGUACGUGGCCCUGGUCUCGGACGCCGUGAAGAUGCACAAGAACGUCUGCCUGGCCCGCUACUUCCCGCGGCUGGAGAAGGAGCGGCUCCUCUCCUCCAAGGCCGAGGGCUGCUUCGUGGACGUGUGGCCCCUCAACCUCCUGCGCCCCGACACCCCGGCCUACGUGGACGUCUGCAGCCUCUUCCUGCUGCAGCUGGCCUGCAUCCUCACCAUGGUCAGCUCCUGGCGGGCCGCCGGCCUGCGGCUCUUCCUCUGCGUGGAGUCGGGCGACCGCGGCUGGGUGGCCAAGGAGGAGAAGCUGAAGGAGCUGCUGGGCAAGCUGCGGAUCAAGGCGGCCAUCCGGGCGGUCACCUGGGACCACGUGGUGGCCCUGCACGGCCCGCGGCCGGCGGCCGGCGAGCCCUUCCUCAACCCGCCGCGCCGGGUGACGGACGAGUACCUGGCGGCCGUCAACGCCUUGGUGCUGCAGCAAGGGGGGCAGGUGGCCGUCCGGUUCCUCUACCUGCCCCGGCCGCCGGCCGACACCUCCAUGUACGAGCGGUACCUGGAGCAGCUGGAGAUCCUCACCCGGGACUUGGGGCCCACCCUGCUGGUGCACGGCCUCACCCCCGUCACCUGCACCGAGCUCUGAGGGGGGGGGGGCGCCCCUGCACCCCCGGCCGUGCCGGAGGAGGACAGUGGGGCAGGACCUUGGAGAUGGUCUCCAGCUCCCGGCGAGGGCCUGGGGAACUCCUGGAGACCGCGCGCCGGGGAGUGGCGGCCUGGAUC